AUUGCAAGAGCUUUUUCAAGUUCCAUAGAUGUUCCAUAGUUCUUAAAGCCGCGAAGGAAAAUGUCGUUCAGCCAGAAUCGUAUAGCAAGUUGGUAUGCUCUUAGCCUAUUGUGUUGACUCUGUUUUGGUUUUGUUCUGUUGAGUCUUGAAUAGCAAGCUGGCAUACCUUUUGGCCUUGAACCGAAAAAGCCGCUAACAGACUGCAAGGGCGAGUGGAGACCCGCGUCGCGCAGCCAAAAUUGUAAUUAUCAACCUUUGAGAAAAGUAGCUGAGUAUGGAUUUGGACCCGGACGAUAUCUUUCGAGAUGACGAAGCCGAUUCCGACAGCGAAUUGUUUCAGGGAAGAGAAUCCAGUAAAGAAUUUGUGGCGUACUUGGUGGAUGCGUCGCCUAAAAUGUUCAGCACAACUUUUCAAGAUGAAGGUCAAAAGGAUGAAACUCAUUUUCAUGUUGCUGUUGAUUGCAUCUCUCAGUCACUGAAGACCCAAAUUAUUAAUAGAUCUAAUGAUGAAGUUGCAAUAUGUUUCUUUAACACUAAGGAAAAGAAGAAUAUGCAGGAUUUGGAUGGCGUUUUUGUAUUUAAUGUUAUGGAGCGAGAGAAUCUUGACAGGCCAACAGUAAGGCUUAUAAAAGAAUUUGAUCACAUAGAGGAUUCAUUUAGUAAAAAUAUUGGGAGCCAGUACGGCAUUGUGCCUGGGUCUAGGGAGAAUUCUCUUUACAAUGCUCUUUGGGUUGCACAAGCGCUCCUGCGAAAAGGUUCUGCAAAAACAGCUGACAAACGAAUACUUGUGUUCACAAAUGAAGAUGAUCCUUUUGGAAAUAUCAAAGGCAUUACGAAAGUAGAUAUGACCGGAACCACACUGCAGCGAGCUAAGGACGCACGAGAUCUUGGCAUCUCAAUUGAACUUCUACCCUUGAGUAAGCCCAAUGAGGAGUUCAACGUGUCCAAUUUCUAUGCUGAACUGCUUGGCCUGGAGGGUGAUGCUCUCACUCAAUUUGUACAGUCGACAAGAGAAAGAUUGGAGGACAUGAAAGAUCAGCUGAGAAAGCGUAUGUUCAGCAAACGAAAAGUUAAAAGAAUUGCAUUUUCAAUUGCCAAUGGCGUAUCUAUCGAGAUGGAUACAUAUGCAUUGAUUCGGCCAACCUCUUUUGGAACAAUUACCUGGCUUGAUUCCAUCACAAAUCUUCCUUUGAAGUCUGAGAGAUCAUUCAUCUGUGCGGAUACUGGUGCAUUGGUGCAGGGGCCAGUAAAACGUUUCCAUUCUUAUAAAAAUGAGAAUAUUAAGUUUACAACGGAGGAGCUAUUGGAAACAAAGAGAGUUUCAACUGGACAUCUUCGUCUUCUAGGUUUCAAGCCACUCAGUUGCUUAAGAGAUUAUCACAAUUUGAGGCCUUCAACUUUCCUUUUUCCUAGUGAUGAGGUUGCUUUAUCACUUGUUGGAAGUACUCGCAUCUUCAUUGCUCUUCAUCAAUCCAUGCUACGACUUAAGCGUUUUGCAGUCGCAUUUUAUGGCAGCUCAACUCAUCCUCAAUUGGUUGCCCUUGUUGCGCAAGAUGAAAUAAUUAGUGCCAGCGGUCAGAUUGAGCCUCCAGGAAUGCAUAUGAUUUGUCUUCCAUAUUCCAAUGAUAUAAGAAAUGUUGAAGAGCUUCUUUCUGAUACAACUGCUGCAACACUUCGAGCAAGUGAUGGACAAAUUAAGAAUGCCACUGCUUUAAUGAGACGUAUAGACUUGAAAGAUUUUUCAGUAUGCCAGUUUUCUAACCCUGCCUUGCAGAGGCACUAUGCAGUAUUACAGGCUCUAGCUCUGGAUGAAGAUGACAUCCCAGAAACAAAAGAUGAAACUAUUCCUGAUGAGGAAGGCAUGGCCAGGCCAGGCGUGGUUAAAGCGUUGGAAGAAUUCAAACUUUCUGUCUAUGGGGAAGACCAUGAGGCAAAUGAUCUUGAUGAUGUAAAAGUGACUCAGGCUUUUAAAAAACCAAAAACAGUUGCUGGCAAUGCAGAUCCGGAGUGUGCAAAGUAUGACUGGCACAAGCUUGCCGACAGUGGAGAGUUGAAGUACUUGACGGUGGUGCAGUUGAAGUACUACUUGGCAGCACACAACCUUCCUCUUACUGGAAAAAAGGAAGCCCUGAUCAGUCGGAUCUUAACUCACAUGGGGAAGUGAGUGAUUGCGGCCACAACUAUGUAGCCCUUUGGCUAAAGGAGCAGACAAUAUCUUUGUGCAAGUUGCAGGCACCAACUUUCAGUUUUGACCAUAUGAGGCCGGGGGGGAAAAAAAAAUGCUACACUUGAAAGGAGAAUGCUUUUGUUACAAAUAUUUCUGAUGUCGUGGUUUGAACGGAAAAUAUAAUCGCGAUUCCUAGUAAUCUUGGAACAUAAUAUAAUGCUACACUUGCUUGGUGCCUUGGGAGUCUUGGGCUACCAAUGAUAAAAGGUUUUCUUGCCUUUAGAGC